GUUCUGGAGGCGUCUUUCUGCCCUGGGUGAUACUGGGGAUCCAUUGGACUGAGCAGGUUCAUGGCAUGGAGUAAUCGCUGACAGGCUUGGCUGAGUUCCUCUGCCAUUACACCCUUUGAGGAACGCCCUGUAGCCGGUUUCUCUGCUCUGAAUCAGCCUGCCAGGGUGCGCUCCACCCUCAUUCCAGAACAGAGACGUCGGGAGGCUCCCAGGCUGGAAGGACUCCCGCCGAGGCUGCCCCUUCCUCCUCCAUAUCCUUGCAUCAGGGGUUAAGGCACUCCUAGCCAGCAGCACCAGGCUCAUCAAUCCUGCUGAACCCCCCUGGAAUCCCACUUCUCCUGGGAGUGUCCUUGGAGUGGAAGGGUCUCUCCUGUGGGUGACUGAUACUUCCUGCUGUCUGGCCACUCCUCCCUCAUGCCGCUCGGACUAGGCCGCCGGAAGAAGGCCCCUCCACUGGUGGAGAAUGAGGAGGCUGAGCCCAUUCGUGGCAGCUUGGGUGGGGUGGAGGUGGGCAGUGGCGGCAGUGUGGCAGCCCUGCAGCCUGGCCUGCCACCGCCUCCUGCCAGCCUCCGCCCUCGACUGGUGUUCCACACUCAGCUGGCCCAUGGCAGCCCCACUGGCAGGAUCGAGGGCUUCACCAAUGUCAAGGAGCUGUACAGCAAGAUUGCAGAGGCUUUCAAGAUCCUGCCAGUUGAGGUGAUGUUCUGCACCUUAAACACCCACAAAGUGGACAUGGACAAGCUGUUGGGUGGCCAGAUCGGUCUGGAGGACUUCAUCUUUGCACACACAAAGGGCCAGAAGAAGGAGGUGGAGGUCUUCAAGUCUGAGGCGGCCCUGGGCCUGACCAUCACUGACAAUGGAGCCGGCUAUGCAUUCAUUAAGAGGAUCAAAGAAGGGAGCGUCAUAGACCGGAUCCAGGUCAUCAAUGUGGGCGACAUGAUUGAGUCCAUCAAUGGGCAGAGCCUCAUCGGCUGCCGGCACUACGAGGUUGCCAAGAUGCUCAAGGACCUGCCCAAAGGCCGCACCUUCACGCUGAAGCUAACAGAGCCCCGGAAGGCAUUCGAUAUGAUCAGCCAGCGGGCCGCAGGGGGCAAGCACAACAGUAGCUCCCAGCUGGGCACUGGUAGAGGGACCCUACGGCUGCGGGCCAAGGGACCGGCCACCGUGGAGGAGCAGCUGUCUGCGUUUGAGGAGAGGGCGAUUGAGAAGGUGGACGACCUGCUGGAGAGCUACAUGGGUAUCCGCGACACAGAGCUGGCUGCCACCAUGGUAGAGCUGGGGAAGGACAAGCGGAACCCCGACGAGUUCGCUGAAGCGCUGGAUGAGCGGCUGGGUGACUUCGCCUUCCCCGACGAGUUCGUCUUUGACGUGUGGGGCGCCAUCGGGGAUGCCAAGGUUGGGCGCUACUAGGACUCUGCAGGUCUGGCCUGCUCUGCUCACCCUGGAUCUGCUGUGCCCUUGGGCUAGGCAAGGGCAUGUUCUGCCGCUGCCCUCAUGUGGACUGGGGGGAAGGGGAGAUGCCACGGACCCGGCUCUGUGCCUGGCUCCAGCACUGCAAACACUCCAGCUCUGGCUCCUCGCCCCCUCCUCUGCCCCCAGGGCCCUGUGUGCACCUCUCUAUGGCCAGCCCUGCCUGACUGUACCUGGAGCCGCGUGGGAGCCGGGCUCUGGGCUCUUCUCUCAAUCCCCCCCAGGUGCUGGAGGCGGCGGAGGGGACAGCUGCUGGGCAUUAUGGAGCAAUAAGCUGAGCCAUCAUGUGCCCCUGGGGAAGGCUGCAGGGAGGUGGGGACUGGGCAGGCCCUUGGGGGUGCUCCCUCCCCAGUCCCAGAGGGCAACGGGGGAGUGAGGGGACCAGGAGCUGGACAGGAUUCCCAACUCCUGCACUGGAGAUGGGUGUGUGUCCUGGGACCUGCAGGGUCUGGCCCCCCUCUUCAGUCAUCAGGGUAACCUCCUGGCUGCUGCUGGGGAGUCCCUCGACUGUACCUCUGCCUGGGCGCAGCCUCCCGCUGGGCAAUAACCCAGAUGCCUUUAAACUAAUCCUGGUGCCUGUGUUGCACAUGGGGGUGUUUGUGGGCAGAGGCCCCCUACCCCAUGCCCGUAUGGUACACCCACCCUGCUGCCUGUCAGCACCCAUCUAACCACUAACAGGAGUGAGACCACUCCAGGCAGGCUGCUGAUGGCAGAGUGCCCCCAACAGCCUGCUCGCUCCUCCCCCGGGGCGUUCUGAGCUCGCCCCAGCCCCCUGCCCUGCUGCUCUGUUGGUACUGUGCUGCCCUGUCCCUUCACCUGCAUUAAUCCUUCCUCCUCCCCAGAUGGAGCCCUGAGCUGUGAGGGGCUGGCAGGGGCAGGCAGCAUGUGGGGCUGCAGGCAGGCUCCUCGUGGGGCUGCAGCCCCGAGCAAUGCAUGAGACUGGGAGCUGCUGCUAACUCGGGGGUGGGGAAACAGCUUGCUCCCAUCCCCUCAUCCUGCUCCCCUUGUUAUCCUCCCUUCCCCUACCACCAGGGGAAAGGAAUUGACAGCCUGCAGUGCCCCCUGCUGGCAAAGGCCUGGCUGAGGUAGCUGGGAGCUUCCCCCAGGGCCAGAGUUCCUGCCCCCUGUUGCACCCCUUGCUGGCAGAAGCUCUCUGGUGCAUUCAGACUGCCACAACUGAGCACCAUUGCCCUGGGACCCCUCCUCCACUUACUUCUGCCACAAAAGGCUUCUUUGGGGGUGCAGUGGGGCCCUGCCCCACGUACCACAGAGGAAUAGCUCCAGGCUGGGUCCUGCUCCUUGGGUCUGCUCUCCCCACUGCAGGGAGAGUGGGCCAGGGGCUGGGUCCCCAUUCCAGCCCCAGCCCCACGUGGGGCAGCAGGAUUCCCUUGGAGCAGCUCAGGAAUGACUGGGUGUCUCUUGUCACGUGUCUAUUGCUGAGGCUGGAGCCCUGCACUCCCCUGGCUGUGCUGUUCACACCCCACAUUCACUGCAGCUGCUCUCUGUUCCCGGCUCACAGGCAGUGGGUGAGUGGGACAGGGGAGUAUCCCUUACCUCUCAGGCAGCCCCCCCAGCUGCUCUCUGCUCCCGGCCCACAGGCAGUGGGUGAGUGGGACAGGGGAGUAUCCCUUAGCUCUCAGGCAGCCCCCACCCCUACUGCUGUCCCCAGAGCAUCGCAGCCCUGGGGGGUGGCCAGAGGGUUAAAUCCACUUGUCUCCUCUCCUACUUCCUGCUAAAAAUCACAUCAAACGAUUAGGCCUGUUCUAGUCACAGCCUCCCAGCCCACCUUCCCUUCCCUACCCACCCCAUUUCCACUCUCCAUUCUCUAGGGGGGGUUGAAUUAACUCCCCCCUGGGGCAGGUGCACCAGGCCCUGCAGGCUAUAUACACCAAUGGGUCUUGUGGGUUUUCCAGCUGAUCUGGGUUUCCCCCCCGAACUCAGCCAGGCUCCCCUGCCUGCUUCACACUGCUCUGGCUUCCUGUGUAAAGAGAGUGUCACCCCGUAUUCUGCUGGGUGGGGGGCAUCCUCCUCCCUCUUCCCCCCCAUGCUGCUGGAGGCCACAGCCUUAAUCCCUGGGCCAAGCCUCAGCACUGGCCCUGAUGACCCAUCCCUAACGCAGGUGGGUGGGUUAAUCAUCUCUCCUAGCAUCUACACUCUGUGAUGAUGAACUGCCCCUGCAGCCUGUGGGGUGGGGGGGUCCCCUCACUAGUCUGAGCCUGUCAUAACACUGUCCCCCACAUGCCCCUCCUAACCCCUCCCCCUCCUUAUUCUGAGGGAAUCCCCCACUGCACCCAUGGGGGCGGGGGGGAGCUGACGUAUGCUGCUGCAUGGCUGGGGUCCCCUUGGGCUGGCUUGGAGUUUUUCGCGAUCCUUUUAAAGAAGCCGAAGGGGCUAGUGGCUGGAUCAGGACUCCUGGAUUUUAAUCCCUGGCUCUGGGAGGUGUGUGUAUGGGAUGGGCCCUACGCAUUAGACCAGGGGUGUGAGAGACAGGACUCGUGGUUCUGUUCCCAGCACUGCUACCACCUCUCACCCUUGGGCAUCUCCCCUUCCCUCUCUGUCUUGUCUUUAUCUGUUCACUCUGGAUCGGACUGACCUACCUCGCAGGGCGGGCAUGAGGAUGCGCAAUGUUUGUAAAGCUCCACGUGCUGCAAUAUUUAUAUCCCCUCCUGGCACUUGUCUUGAGCUGCAGGCUGGGAGCCCCAACUUCUUCAGUCACUCUCCAGCCCUCAGGCACUUACUGUAUCCACGACACUAAGCCCAGCACUGGUGCUUGGGCUUGGGCCUGGGCCUGGGCCUGGGCCCGGGCCCUGGCUCGGAGGGGAGUGGGUGAAGCAAGGGGCUUGGAGCGGGUGGUUACAUUGCGAGGGGCUCCAGGCCCCCAGGGUGGGGAGUGACCCCCUGCUGAGCAGGGCUUGGUCAGGGGUGGGAGUCCCAGAGACCAAGGCCCCUGUGCCCCACCCUCACGCUGUGAUGGAAAUGAGCUGUGACCCCCAAGCCGAACCCUGGUCCCCUGGGAGCUGCUGACGGGGGGGCAGAUCCCCCAUCCUCCCAGACCCUAUUUUUGUAUUUUACCUGUAAAGCAUCUUUAACAUAAAAAUAUAUCGACUCUA